AUGUCCAUGAACCUCAUUUUGUGGGACAAAAACAUUUCCAAAGAAUAUUUUAAUGCUAAACGUGUUUAUUUACUCGUUGUUUCAAGUAAAACAAAUCAAAUUAAUUGGAAAAUAAGACAAGGUUUUACACAUACAGGACGUUAUGUUUCAUUUCCUGUUGAUUCUGAACAUAUACCCAAAGUUGAUACAGAAUUAUUAAAACUUGCCGUUUUGACGAAAAUUCUAGCAUAA